CCCCACGGGCACCGCGCGACAUGGCAGGGGUGGCAGGAGGCGGUGGCGGCGGCAACGACUUCCAGUGGUGCUUCUCCCAGGUGAAGGGGGCCAUCGACGAGGACGUGGCGGAAGCUGAUAUUAUUUCAACAGUUGAAUUUAAUUACUCUGGAGAUCUUCUUGCAACAGGAGACAAAGGUGGUAGAGUGGUUAUAUUUCAAAGGGAACAAGAGAAUAAAAGCCGUCCUCAUUCUAGGGGAGAAUAUAAUGUUUACAGUACCUUUCAGAGUCAUGAACCUGAGUUUGAUUACUUGAAAAGUCUAGAAAUUGAGGAAAAAAUUAAUAAAAUUAGGUGGUUACCACAACAGAAUGCUGCUCAUUUCCUACUAUCUACAAACGAUAAAACUAUUAAAUUAUGGAAAAUAAGUGAAAGGGAUAAAAGAGCUGAAGGUUAUAAUUUGAAAGAUGAAGAUGGAAGACUUAGGGAUCCAUUCAGAAUCACAGCACUACGGGUGCCAAUAUUGAAACCCAUGGACCUAAUGGUAGAAGCAAGUCCCAGAAGGAUAUUUGCAAAUGCACAUACGUAUCACAUAAAUUCUAUUUCAGUAAAUAGUGAUCAUGAAACGUACCUUUCUGCAGAUGACCUAAGAAUUAAUCUAUGGCAUUUAGAAAUCACAGAUAGAAGUUUUAAUAUUGUAGAUAUUAAGCCUGCCAAUAUGGAGGAACUAACAGAAGUGAUUACUGCUGCAGAGUUCCACCCACAUCACUGUAAUGUGUUUGUCUACAGUAGUAGUAAAGGAACUAUUCGACUCUGUGAUAUGCGUUCUUCAGCUCUCUGUGAUAGGCAUUCAAAAUUUUUUGAAGAGCCUGAAGAUCCCAGCAGCAGGUCAUUCUUUUCAGAAAUCAUUUCAUCAAUAUCUGAUGUAAAAUUCAGCCACAGUGGUCGAUAUAUGAUGACACGAGACUACCUUUCGGUUAAAGUAUGGGAUCUCAAUAUGGAGAACAGGCCUGUAGAGACAUAUCAAGUUCAUGAAUAUCUUCGAAGCAAGCUUUGUUCCUUGUAUGAAAAUGACUGCAUUUUUGACAAGUUUGAAUGCUGCUGGAAUGGUUCUGAUAGUGCUAUCAUGACUGGAUCCUACAACAAUUUCUUCCGAAUGUUUGACCGAAACACACGGCGGGAUAUUACUUUAGAAGCAUCAAGGGAGAGUAGCAAACCUCGUGCCAUCCUAAAACCACGCAAAGUGUGUACAGGUGGUAAGAGAAAGAAAGACGAGAUAAGUGUUGACAGUCUGGACUUCAACAAGAAGAUCCUUCAUACAGCAUGGCACCCCACAGAAAACAUCAUUGCUGUAGCUGCCACCAAUAACUUGUAUAUAUUCCAGGACAAAAUUAACUAAAAAGAUGACUUAAUUGAGGACAAAGUCGUCGUCUUGCAUAGUUAAGCUCAGUUGUUUAUCUGUAAAAGAGAAGGCCUUGUUGUCCUACCAGUAAAGAACAUUGAUGCACUUACUUCCCUUUAUAGAUAAAGGAGAAAAGCUGGCCUGGUUUUGAGUUUGUGGUGUAGUUCUGCCUUCACUGGAGGGUUGGGGAGUGGAAUGCAAAUUGCAGUUUUCUAAAAGAAAAAGCCCUCUUGAAGCAGAAUUGAUGGACAGUGCUCAAUAAAGGCCAAUACUCAAAACAAAUGUAUUUAUUUAAGUCUGAGCCUUCCUUUCCAGUUUAUAGACCAAAAAUUUAACACCCAAGAGGAAAAAUUGUCAUAAAUGUAAUUUCUAUCUCUCUCGCUCUUUCUCUGCUGUAAUAUUUGGGCCUUUGAAAACAUAUAUUGUGCUUUAUGCCUGUAAACAUUCCUCCUCUGGCCUUUAUCUAGGCUUAGGUGUUUUUACCUUUGAGCACUUAGGUAGGUCUUGAGUUGGGUUCGUAGACAGGUUCCAUGAAUAUUUACUCACCAACUGUAUCUAUAACCACACCUUCUGGUGUAAACCACUUAAUAAAAAUAACAAACUAUAAAAAGUGUUUUUAAAUCUGAAAGUAUGUAUUCAGUCUUUUAUUUUUUUAUUGCAUGUAUUGAGAUUGUGCAAAAUAAUUCUAAUGGGGAAUUUGACAAUGUUUGUCCCAAAACUUGGAUUUUUUUGACAGCCUGGUAUAAACUGUUUUGUGUAGUAUGAAAUAUUUCAAAUUCUAAAUUUAGUUUCCACAAAAUUGUCAUUAAGUUGUGUUGGAUUUCUGUAAAGUUACAUCUGUAUACACAAACUAGGGGAUUUGAGAAGGUUGGUAUAAAAACUUCUGCAGCCUAAAAGAGAGAAACUACUUUGCACAGAAGGGAAUAUACAAUAAAACAUUGAAUAAAAUUUCUGCUUUGACAAUAUAAAAUCUAUUUUUAACUAAUGCCUCUCAGAUGUUUGACACAGAGACGUACCUUAUGUGCAUUACUUUUUUUAUAUUUUUAGUGACUUGUUUUGGAAAAAUACACUUUUACUUUAAAUAGUAAAUUUGGCAUAAUUAAAUAUAUUUAGAAUUUCACAUUGCAAUUCAAACCAGCAAAUAAAACUGACUUGAUUAUACCAAGCAGCAGCACAACUAAAGUUUUAACAUACUCUGUCACUUGACACCAGGUGAUCAGGAUAUAGUGAAACUAUGAACUGAUGCAAAAUGCAUGUGUCAUAGCAUCUCUGUUCCUGUGGACAUCAGGGUUAAAAAAUAAUUUUUAAGCUUUGGGUAUUUUUUUCCAAAAGGGCAUAAACUCAUCCAGUGUUCUCUUUACCCCAACUAAAUGCGGGUGUAAAAUGUGCCAGAAGAAAUGAUGGCAUAUUUUAAUGGAAUUGAGUACCAAGAUAUGCAAGGAAUGCAAAAUAAGGUCUUUUUAGUUAAUUAGACCCUUGAAUUUCCCUCAUGAAAUACAGAAGUGUGGUUUACACUCCGUUUUAUUAAAAUGAAGGUGCAUUAUGAUUACUAAAUCAGAUAUGGAUAUGCAAGAGAAAUGUCACUGUUCCUACCCUCUCAAUUAAUGUCCAUAGAGUGCCACUCUUGUUCAUAAUAAGCUAGUAAAUACAACUAACUUUGGGGUUCUACAAAUAAAGUUUAAAUAAAAAAAAUCUUAUACUGUAUAUUGGUUGUGACACUAUUUGCAGAUCUUGAAAUGUGGAACUUCUAGGUCAUUUAAGCAUUAUAUUUGACCUUUGUUCCUAAAAUACAUAAUAGAGCUAAUACAAUGGGAUUGUAUAUACUUGUUCAAUUAUUUUGACCAAAAAGUUUAAUAAAUUUUAAAUGUUUACUUGAA